AUGGAGGUGAGAGGCCAAGAUAAGGUAAUAGGGAUGCCAACCACUCUGGGCUAUAAUCCCCCCAAUAGGGACUCUUCUUCCUCCAAGCUCUCUUCUUCUCCAGCCCUACCCUCAACUGCUAACAACACAAUCUUCAUCAACCCUCUUCAAACCCUAGACCCCCAUCCUCCUCCUCAUCAUCACCAGCCUCAUCAAUUGAAUCUGUCACCACACAAAUCAUCAAGAAGAGAUUCUGAGCAAAACCCAGAUCCAAUCUCAUCUCCAAUUGUUGUCACCCCAAGUGCAACAUCAAUUCCUGGUGGAUCAAAUUUCAAAGCACCCCCAGUUCAACCACCACCAGCACCACAGAAAGUUAGAUAUAGGGAAUGCUUGAGAAACCACGCGGCCAGCAGCGGCGGCCACGUGCUCGAUGGCUGCGGAGAAUUCAUGCCAAGUGGAGAGGAAGACAUCCCAGAAGCACUAAAAUGUGCAGCUUGUGAGUGCCAUAGAAAUUUCCACAGAAAAGAGAUCGAAGGCGAUCAUUUGCCAAAUAAUUACUAUGUUGUUAACCACCAAAAACACACCAUUAGCCGUAGAGAUUCAGAAACUAGAGUAUUGCAACUCCCUCCACCCCCACCGCCUCCUGUUCGUCAUUCAGCUGCGGGGGGCCCAGUUCCCCCGAUGAUGAUGGCUUUUGGAGGCGCCAGCAGGCAGCGGGGUCAAAGAAGCGGUUUAGGACGAAGUUCAGUCAGGAGCAGAAGGAGAAGAUGA